GGAAAGAGAGCAAAGUGCCAUUCAAGGUUAAGAAAGGCCUUUUUCUUCUAGAAGAUCAACAAGAAGUACUAAAAACCUUCGCUUAUCAAGAAGAACCCGACCAGUCUCCACUAGGUCGCUUAGUGGAAGUGGAUGAGGACGAACACGAAGAUGAGGAGGACUUUGCCAAGAAC